GCCGCUCCCGGUGCGUCACGGGCCGCCCCGGCCGCCGCUGCCCGCCCGCGGAGCGGCGCCGGGGGAUGGAGGCGGCGGCGGCCGGAGCUCGGGGAGCAGGUCCUGGCCCCGCGGGAGAGGGCGCAGUCAUGGUGCCGCAUCCCGGCCAGGAGCCCGCCCGUGGCUAGAGCCGGCCCCGGCCGGAGAGCUGCGGCGGGGCACCCUUAGCCUGAGGGCAUCCCUCAGCCCGAGCGGCUCCCCGCGCGCCCCCGGCAUGGAGCCGGGCGGCCUGGAAUGGCUGCUGGUGCCCAUGCAGCAGCUGGUGUCCUGGGGUGCCGCGGGGGCCAUGGUGUUCGGCGGCGUCGUGCCCUACAUCCCCCAGUACCGGGACAUUCGGCGCACCCAGAACGCGGAGGGCUUCUCCACCUACGUCUGCCUGGUGUUGCUGGUCGCAAACAUUCUGCGCAUACUUUUUUGGUUUGGAAGGCGUUUUGAAUCCCCUCUUUUGUGGCAGAGCAUUAUCAUGAUCAUUACAAUGUUACUGAUGCUGAAACUGUGCACUGAAAUUCGAGUGUCCAAUGAGCUGAACGUGAAACGCCGCUCUUUUGCAGCUGCAGAUAGUAAGGAUGAAGAAAUCAAAGCACCUCCCAAGAGAUCCUAUCUGGAGCAGCCUCAGAAUUGCUAUCUGGGAAUUAGUAAUGCCCAAGAUUUUGACUUGAACUAUUUUUGGCAUUGGAGCAAGUUUACAGACUACGUGCAGUGCGUCCUCACUUUCACUGGUGUGACUGGUUACAUCACUUACCUGUGGCUGGACUCCUCCCUCUUUGUGGAAACACUGGGCUUCCUUGCUGUGUUCACUGAGGCCAUGCUGGGUGUCCCCCAGCUGUACCGCAACUAUCAGAACAGAUCUACAGAAGGAAUGAGUAUCAAGAUGGUGCUGAUGUGGACUAGUGGGGACACAUUCAAGACUGUUUACUUCAUCCUGAAUCAGGCCCCUUUCCAGUUUUCCAUCUGUGGACUCCUGCAGGUAUUUGUAGACAUUGCUAUCCUGUUGCAGGUUUACUUGUACAGCCACUACCCUCAGAAGCCCGUGUCCCACACUGCACACCCAGCCAGCACCAAGGCCUUGUGAGGAGCUUGGCUGGGCAGGUUGCAGGUCAGCAGAGUCAGCCAUGGCAUCUCUUCUUCCACUUGUAAAUACUCCUGUGUUGCCAAGUUGAAAGCAGAAAUGAGAACAAGAAUGGAAAAUAUGGCUGCACGUCCAGCGCGGGAGGUUCUGUGUUAAAUAACUUGCUCUGUUUUCAUACUUAGCUGUACAGAACUGUUUCUUGGUGGGGGGAGGGGCACUUUAUUUUUGCAUACGUACCUAUGAGCCUUAUUAAUUCAUAAAUGUUUGUAUAUUUAAUCACAAGGGCUGGACAGUUCGUGUUUUUAAUGCUAUUUAAAAAUGUUACACCACAGAAAUUAUAGAAUAUUUUGUUUGAAACUUCUACCUAUUUAUAUAAUGUAAAGUCUGUAUAUUGGCGGGAAGUUUAUGGUGUAUACUAGCAUUCAGUAUCUCUACGAUGGAGAAAGCAGUAUUCAAGAGCAAAUCCUGGAGCUUUCUCUUUUCCCUAUAAGGGUGUCUGGUGAGAGAAGGUGGGGGUGGGAGGCCCUGCAAAGAGGGGAGCAGCCAGAAAUUAGCUGGCCACAGAUGCUGUAAAGCUAAAAAGUCAGCGGAUGUUCAUCCCUGCUGCAGGAGGACACAUGGAGGAGAUGAUGGAGGAGGUCUGAUGAUUCUGGAGUCUCAUCUAAGCUGGCACAGCCAGUCAUCAAGGCAAAAAAAUGAGCCAGCGGGAGACUGCAGGGAACUUAAGUAGUCAUGCUUUGAAACUGGGUGGUGUGGGAAUAGAAUGUGGAUGUGGGAAUAGUGUGGCCCCCCUGCACCUGUGGGGCAGCACUGCCCCUGCAGCUGUGCACAGGACAGAGCUGGGCUGUAGGAUGUCUUUUCCAAACCAAGGGGCCAGUGGAUGGGUGUUGCUAGUAUUGCCAGGCAAGUAUUUCUAGAUGUGAUUGAGCCGCAAAGAUAGAAGCAGGUCCACUUUCAUUUGCUCAGAAAUGAGUAAGUUUAAGACAGAGAAAAAGCUGCAUCCCCUGGAGUAGGACCAGCAUCUGACAGCUUGAUUUGUUGAGGUUGAGAUUCAUGUUCAUGUUGUACAAUGCCAAGCAAGAACCAGGUUAUGUUUUGCAUUGGCCCAACAAGGAAGAAGUCCAUGUUUUCCUUUUACUGUUGUGAACUGUUAGGCUCUUAAAGAAGAGGUUCUUCUCUUUUAGAAGAAUCAGCAGCCUGUACUGAGAGGGACUGAGAAGGUUGAGAGAGCAGAGUUCAUGUAGAUGUUGUGUCUAAAGGCCAUUAGCCAGCAUAGGUCCCCGUGCUCUGUCUCUGAUGUGCAGCUGCUGGUAGUGUGGACCCUUGGGGGCUGCCACCAUGCCCCUGGGCUCCUGUUGUGACACUGCUGUCAUGAAACUGCCGCAGGUGAUGUGAGGAGGCUGUAGAAAUGCCCUUGGUCCCAGGAACAGCUAUGCCUGUGCUGCUUCUUUCAUGAGGCUUACUCCCUCUGCGGGGUGAGUCCCAUCUGGCCACAGGCAAGGUGUUGGACGGAUUUUUCAGAAUAAUUUUUUCUCUAAGAAUAGUUCAAGAGCUUAUGUUUUCUUAGCAGUGGCAGCAAGUCUGACGUUUGAAAACUUCAGUGUGUAAGUCAGAUACUUCCCCUACUGUGCUUUCUUUGGGAACCUCAUGAUUUGAGUCUGGACUGUCUUCAUUGGUGGCAAACUGUCCAGAGAAGGGGAAUCACACUGUGCCAGGCACUGACUCCAUGCUCUUUGUUUGAUACCAUACUCUUCUAGGCCUGAAGUGACCUUACAAAGACAAUGUACUCGGCAUGGCAGACUAUGAAUGUUUUGUUCCUCUCUUUUCUGUGUUCUCUCUUUUCUUGUAUUACAAGAACAUCUUGGCUUUUGUCUUUUUUUAAUUGAAAACUUAACAACUGGCUUCUCUGGAAUGAUGCUUUAAUGAGGAUUGUAUUACUACUGUUUGAAAGCAAACACUUUGUUGUGUGUUUUAAUGGUUGGAAGGGUUUUUUUAAUGACUUGUAAUGGUAAGAUUUUUGUAUUUGGUGGUCUUUUUCUAAUAUUCUGCAAAACAGGGAUGUAAGAAAAUAAUGAAAGCAUACUUUUGUAUGUUUUAGCUUCACCUAUGAGUUCACACUUUUGGCCACCUCUUUGGCUUUGAACUACAGGUAUUACUGAGGAUAAAGCAAUUUCUGUUUUUUUCCUUUUGGGAUUCUUCCUUGGGUGGAUUUUUGAGUGUCAGCAGUACCUAAUCCAGCGAGCUCUGCAGACCAGUCUCAUUUACACCAGAGCAGCAAAUGCUGGAAGAGAAGCCAGUGAAACCAUGUCUAAGUCAUCUUUUGUAUGUGGCAUUUAGCAAGUAGGACUCUUGGCCAGGAACUCUAGAACUUCUUGCAAGGUACUUUAGGAAAAAAAUGUUACAGAACUUUUGUUCUCCAGUUGUCAGGAAGUAUUUGUUUCAAUGAUCACCUCAGAGAAUAAGAAAUUGCUUACUUUAAAUGCAUCUCUUUGAAUGUAUGGCACAUUUCACGGACUUUAUUUUUUCUGUCAGUUGCAAUGUUUUUUUAAAUAAAAAUUACCUAUUAUAUAUAAA